UGUUUUUCCUCUUGUUCAUCUCACCGUUACCGUGAUGGCCGGUAUGGUCCUUAUUUCUCGUCGGUACCGGAAUUUUGGAGUCGUUGAAUGUACAACUGUUUGAAAAAAAAACUGCACGAGGUACUUUCGCGACCCUCAAAUGACACAAAGCAGCUCCGAAGACACCUAGAAGCGCACAAAAUGGCUCAGUGACGUAAUCACGACGGUGCGAAACUGGAAUUACCUCUUCACAUUCGUGGCAGACGGUACCGUGGGCGGUGGCGUCCUCGACUCGCUUCGCUCGAGACCUGGUGCUUGGAUUGGGUGCUUUAAAAAACCGAUUCGUGAGAUAAUAAACAAUUAUAACACAGCAUUUGCACAAAGUGUUGUCUGUCACAGUGACAUGGACAAACUGCGCAUGCGUUGAUAACACUUCGGUCAUUGCUUCGUUUUUCCGGUUUGGUUUAUGGCGCCAAAAGCGGGAUCAAUAAAUAAGGGCCUGCGCCCCAAGGGACAACUACCUGUUGGUGGUGGCCUAGUUUAAGGGAGGUUGCAACAAGAAGGGAUUUGGGCGAAAAGAUGACGAAGAACUCCUCGCACCCCCCUUACUCCUUCAAGCAAUUCAACGACGAAAUCAACAACUUGUACAAGUCCCUCAAAGACAGCAACUACACCGACGCGGAAAUUCGCAAGAUUUUCGCCCCUUUGGCCCCCGAAACCCCAAAAAUGAGGCUUUCAACCGCCAUUUUCAUCACUUCGAUGGUCACACUUGCUAUUCUUUACUUCGCCAACAAUUUUGAAACAAUCUCGUGGCAUUUAUCGGCCCUUGGGCGCAUUUUCCUAAUCAAAAUUCUGCCAUUUUGGAACUGGACUAGUCUGAAAAACGAAAAAUGCCUUAUUUGGAAACCUUCAACUACAACGACUCCCGAAAUUAUUAAUUUCAACUGCCAUUUAUGCGAAAACCUCGAACUUAUCGACGUUUACGACGAAAUUAUGCAAGAAACUCUAAAAAAUCGCUACUUGGAUGUGGAAAUUCCGGUGAUAAUCAAGAAAAGUUGGCUAAAUAUGGCCGACUUUUUUGACAGUCUUGUCAAAAACGCCGCCAUUGCUGACUCGCAACCUUGCAAUUUGGCCACAAACGUCUACAACGGGGUGACAAGUGUCAAAAAUCUACUUUCGAGAACACAACUUUUUGACAGUUUUUUCCUCCAUUUUCAAAAUUGUGAUUUUCCCGCCGUUAAACAAUUUCGGGGGUUUACCCCACGUCCGGCUUUUCUACCCCCGGAACUGUCACCAGUGCAAUAUAAUUGGUUGUUGUGGAGCAGGAAUUACAACAUGACUCAGUUUAAAGCCAUCGGAUUGGUCGAUAAAGUGGCAGUGGUGGGGCAAAUUACCGGCGCGAAUUUCCUACGAUUGGUUCCGAGGAAUAACUGCGAGGGGGAGUGCCCCCAAAUUGGGGUUAAACUGCAAGAGGGGGAGUCGAUUGUCUUCACCGGGUUGUGGAAUUUGGAGUAUCGGCCGGAUUUUGGCGAAAAUGUCGCCGCCAUUUUGGAAAUGCAUUAGGCUGGUGUGAAUCAGGCUUCCAAGUUUUACAAACUAUAAGACCUAGGGCGAAAAUAAAAAAACUAACAGAAUUUUGCACUUAAAAAAUUCAUAACUCGAAAAAUAUACGUUUUUUGGUGUUUUUGGUGUAGUGAAAUAAAAAAUAAAUGUGUAAUAAAGGGAAAGAACA